AUGAAGGAUUUUAUUACCAUGUGGUGUGAUGCAAGAGUGCUAUCUAGUGGUGGUAAGGAGGAGGAGGGGGUGAUUUGUAGUAGUAGUGGGGUGGAGGUGGGGAGUAAACUGGAGGAGGAGGAGAGUGGUACUUAUAAGGCUUCUUGUAAGGUGGUGGUGGAGAGUGGUAAACUGGAGUGGGAACAUGGGGAGGGUAGGUGUGAACUGGAGGAGGAGGGGAGUGGUACACUGGGUGGGGUUGAGGGUACGGCUUGUGCACUGGUGGUGGAGGGGAAGGGUAUUUGUAUGGCUUCUUAG